GGUUCCACUGCAGGCUCGAAUGAAAUGUCCGUCUCCCUCCCCGGGCCCCGGCGCCGCCGCCGAGGGGACCAGGAAGUGGGGAGAGGAGCCCGGGCCCCGCCAGCGCCCGCUCGCCUCUUUGUGCGGCCGGAGCCGGGACGGGCGCGGCCGGAGCCGGCAGGGGCAGGCGGAGGGAGAUGGGACUGAAGCCGCCCCCCCCUCCCGCUGGCCCGGGUUUUGGGGGCACCGCGGCCGCUACUCUGGCUCCAUUUUGUGGGCCCGGGCGGCGGGAGCGCGGCUCCCCGGGCUGCCCCUGCUCCGCACACGGGUGAGGGCCCCUGCGCCGCCCCGGUCACAGCGGGGGUUGGGAGCCGCGAUCCCCCUUUGCCCGCCUCCGGGGUCCCCUCGGCCCUGGCUGCGGUGCCCAGCAGCGGGGCGGGAACGGGGAUCUCCCCCGUCAAACCCCGGUCGUGUCCCCUUUGCUCCCUCCCCCGCCCUGCAGCGGGGUGACUUGGGUCUCCGCGGAUUGGGGGCCGCUUGUGGGAUUUUAGGCGGGGAAGGGGCGACCUUUUCUGCCCACCCUCGGCAGCCCCGGCCACGGCUGCUGAGCGUGCGGGAAGUCCGAGCCCCUGAUGCGGCCACAGCUGCUCCCCGACCUCCAGCUCCCCCGCCCCCCGCAGUUCCGACUUUGUGCCCGUCUGCGGACUGGGAGGAUGGCGGUGUUGGCGUGGUGCGCAUCUCGGUGAUCCUGGGAUCAGCUAGGACAACUAGGCUCCUCUGCAUGGGCACCCAGCAGCUAACCUUGCAGUCCUCUCACGGGACUCCACUUUUUAUUGUUAUCUUCACUUUGGAGUGUGACCUUCAUGUGGUAUUGCAUCCUCUUUUGUGGACUAGAGCAUCAAUGUUUGUAGUACAGACUUGACACAAAUUGAAUGACUGUCUGUGAAGAUGGCACAGAGCAAUCUUCAACAAUCAGCCCAUCCAGAAGAACAAUGAACUCUACGCAGAAGCCUAGCUGGAAAAGUGGCUGAUGAUCCUUAACCUAGGCACAUGGCCAAAGGGGUCAGAGACUUUAUUCAAGAGGGAAUGCUGUCUGUGAAAGGGGCGGGGGAUGUCAGACUAGUGCCACACUCAAGAAGACCAGGCUAAGGAGAGAAGAGGCAAGAAGGGCUGCCCAGUCUAAGGAUGCUGAUCAAACCAGGAGUCGCAGGAGGGAUGAGAUCAGACUGGGGAAUGUAUUCAGUACUAUUGUUUUUCAAAGAUCUGUAACUCAAGUGAUUAUUUUAAGAGUAAAGUGUCUAUGGUUAAGACAUUCCUUUACUAAGUCUGUAUUCCUUGCUUGCCUGCCUGCCACAUUGUCUUGGAAAGGGUUGACACAGUGUGGUGGAACUCUGAGGAGCAUAUAUAAGCACCUGAGGCGUAGGUGGGCUGGGGUGUGAGGUCACUGGGGUGUGGGGGCAAAGUGCCCAAGAGAGAUGUCAGACAAGUAUCUUCACCUUGGAGUGUCUAAAGACCCAGGGCUAGGAACAGUAACCAGUCACUGUCCAGACCCAAAUUGCUUAGAAACAUGUGGUAUCCAGUAGUUGUGUUCACUCACAAUGCUCCCUGCCCAGAGAGAGGGACUCGGCCAGGUUGCGAUAGACACAAUCUUCAUGUGGUUAAACUAGCAACAUUAUUAAUCUUGUAAUUCCUAUCAACAUAGUUACAAGGUUGCUUCUUCGUUUCAGGUUGGAUUCAUCCACAGUAGAUAUACUAGCACCCCUGUUACUAUAACAGCCAGCACUGGUGCAGUUUGACCUGUUCUAAGCUGCCGAUGUAGACAGGUCUCAAACAUUUUCAUCUUGAUUGCUAUCACUAGUGAGAGUUAUCAAGUAUCUGCAAUAUUGCUGAUGGUUGCAGUAAGAUGAGUACUCAGUCUGGUAUAGAAUAUAUACUUGAAGAAAAUCCUUUCUGUGGACAUAAAGAUCCAUGACGUAGAUCCUUCUGUAGGAUCAGUUGUAAGACUGCUUUUCAUUCUCAUUAAGGAGAAAUUCAGAUGUGAAUGGUUGGGUUUUUGUUAGCCAAUGACUAUGUAAGAUUAAACAAGAAACAACAGAAAAAAACCACAACAAACAAGGUUAAUUAAACUCCUGAAGGUAGGAAACAUUUACUUUAAUUCCCAGAUAUGGAAAUUGUGAUACAGCGUGUAUCUUGCUGAACAUUAAAUAACUGGAAUUAAUUUUUAAGUGAAUAUCAUAGACAGCAUCCCAGCUAUCACACUUUAUCUAAAAUGGUUGCCUGGAACUCAGCUAUUCCUCCGUAACAAGGUGAUGAAGAUGAGUGUUUCUGCUUCCCUACAGUGAAAGCAAUGAAGAAGUCCUAGUACACCAGUGUUACUCAAUUGACCACCUGUGCACUCUACUAAAGUGGAUUCCUUGAAAUAAUGCCAAAUUAAAUUUUAGA